AUGAAUCAGGUACAACCCCAUACGAAGCGGCACCCGAAGCUCCAGGAGGCUCUGGACGCCAUGUCAAGACUCUUCCGCCGCAACCCGAUACGCCAAUACCUCGACCGCCGCCUCGUGGCCAAGGCAACCAGAGAGUAUGACCUCUCGACCCGCGAGGCCCACAUGCAGGUCCUGGACGACUUCUUCCACCCCGCCAUAGCGAUGACCAUGCGAGAGACGCCCUGGUUCCGCACGCAGACGCUCAACGGCACCUGGGACCAGUCGGAGGGCACGUUCCAAGACCGCCUCUUGAGCCACGUGGUCAGCCACUUACACUCGAACCACCGCAUCGAAUCCAGCGACACGCCCAAGUCCGUCGAAGACUGGAUCGGGAUCAUCAAGGUCGUCGUGAACCAGCGCGCCGCUCAGAGUUGUGCCGCGCAGCUCGAGGCGCUGGAUGACAUGGCCGGCUCCGGUUGCGCCGAUAGCGUUCUUCAAGAGGAGACGGUCGGGCACUGGGUCAAGUGUCUCGUUCACGGUUUGGUCCUGAACGGCCAUCGGCUCGGCAGAGAUCCGCGUUCCGCACCGCCAACUCGCACUGUUAGCGUCUAG